GUGGUGAGUUGCGAUCGUCGUCUCCGUCCUUUUCAAACUGCUGAGGUCUGUCUCCAACGCAUAGUUAGUACAUACUUCCGUAGUCGUUUGUGAUUCUUUUUAAUUACGACUGAUCAAAAAGAAACCAUUUAUCUGCAAGACACGAGUAACACUACUCAUAUAAACUCAUAUAACUGGUAAUAAAGAGUCUAGAAAAAUUGUUUGAUAUAGUUGUUGAUGAACUAAAAUCGGAGGAAAAAUGAAUAUUGACAGUAAAUUUAAGGAAGAUGAGGGAACUGACAAUAAAGAGUCUGGCAAAAUUGAUAAUAAUGAACAAAAGCCCGAAGAUCAAGUUACUUCUGCCAAAAUAACUACGCAAGAAGAUGGAACAGACAAUAAAGAGUCUGGCAAAAGUAAUGACAAAAUUUCAAUUAAAAAAGAAGUAUUCGAAGAUGAAGAACCUGGUGGAAGUAGUCCUAAAUAUUCAUUUGAAGACGAAACGUGUAUUAACUACAAUACAUUUGAUUCAGACGAGCGUCGACAGCCAAUUAAUACUGAUGAGAGCCAUACAGGUGGAAUGAGGUUACGUAACUUUGAAACAUUGGAAAAUACUGUUAAUAGUAGAAAACGUUACCAAAAUCAAGAUGAGGGUUUGGACGACAAUGAACUAUAUCUUUUGAAGAAAAUUAAAACUGAAGAUACUAGUGAUGAUCCAUUUCAAGAGAUGUGGACAAAUAAUUUUGACCAUAACUCUUUAAAUUUCGAAGAAUGGGAAAAAAUAUUAAAUUUUGUCGAUGAAAAAAAUGAUAUAGUAAAUGUAAGAACAGUUUACACUAAAUUUUUAGGACUGUAUCCACUUUGUUACGGUUAUUGGAAGAAAUAUGCCAAUUUUGAAAAAAUAAAUAAUAACAUGGAUGAGUUUGAAAAAGUCUUAGAAAAAGGUUUAAUUGCUAUACCUAUAAGUGUUGAUUUGUGGAUUUAUUACAUGACAUAUCUGAGAACGAAUCGUUCUGAUGAAGUAGUCCAUAUUCGUAAUGAGUUCGAAAGAAGUUUGAAAUCGUGUGGACUUGAUUAUCAUUCUGAUCAGUUAUGGCAUGAUUACAUAUCAUGGGAAGUGGAGAAAACUGAACUAUAUAAUGCAGCUCAAUUAUACUAUCGUCUUAUAUGUAUACCAAAUUCAAACUAUUUAAACAAUUUCUUCGAAUUCCAAGAGUUUAUAUUCACAAAAUUACCUGAACAAUAUUUAGAGCAUGAAGAAUUUAACAAAAGACGAAAUAUAAUAAUUCAAUCAUUGGAAACAACCCAUAAUAAUAUAGAGUCAUCGUUUUAUGAAUCUAUACCGCCCGGUGAAGAUUUUCACAAGAACACUGAAUUUACUGAAGAUCGUAUAAUGUUCUUAUUGAGGGUUGGAAUUAUCAAUGAAUGGCGUGAUAGUCACAAUGCAACUGGUAUACAAUUUGAAAGUAGGAAGAUAUUUGAGGAAAAUAUACGAAGGCCUCACUUUCAUGUAAAUGAGUUGGAUUCUAAUCAGAUAAAAAAUUGGGAUAACUAUAUAAAGUUCGAGAGAAGAAUCGGAAGAAAUCAUGAACGUAUUGUUUACCUUUAUGAAAGGUGUUUGAUUAACGUGUGUUUAUAACGAAGAAUUUUGGUUGAAUUAU